AUGCCUGCGCGUUCUGACAUUGCAGAUCUCAUUGUCGAUCGCGCGAACGAGACCCGGUCGAAAACGAUCGAGUCAGCGCCCGAGGCUACGAUGGAUCCGGAUCAGUAUGCCGUUGACAGUGUUUCUUACCCCGAUGAUUGGCUGUCGGAGACCACUUCCAUUGGUUCUCCGAUUUACCGAGGUUUAAUGGAGAAUGGUAGACGCCUUCCUUCCGAUGAGAGACAGUUCAAAGCAUACGAGGCCGGUCACCUUGUUGCUCUUAUCAUGGAAUCACACAGAAACAAUCCAUUUUUCCGAUCUCCUAUGGGUGACUCGCCCCAGCAUAUUCCCGACAUUGGAACAGGCCAAGGUAGACCUGGGCAUCCCCCCCCCCCAACCCCCCCCCCCCACCCACCCCCUCCCAAGGCGUACAAGAUUCAAACCCCUACCCUUGCCCGUAGGGGCAGGGGUAUCCUGAGACAGGGUCUCGCCCCCCCCCCCCCCUCCCCUGGGGCCCCCGCGGUGGCGGCCGGGGAACCCUUCAAAUACCCCCUUCUACAUAAACUUCUUAAUUAUGAUGGAUAA